CAGGAAUGUUUCAGUCCUGCUAUACAGCUGCACCUUGUACAUCAAGCUCCAUGUAAUGUUCCUCCUUACCUCUCAAAGAAUGAAUCAAGUCUUGGGGACCUCUUACUGGGCUUUCUUAAAUAUUAUGCUACAGAGUUUGACUGGAAUAGUCAAAUGAUUUCAGUUCGUGAAGCCAAAGCCAUUCCAAGGCCUGAUGGUAUUGAAUGGAGAAAUAAAUACAUCUGUGUAGAAGAACCUUUUGAUGGGACUAAUACAGCCAGAGCUGUGCAUGAAAAACAGAAGUUUGACAUAAUCAAGGAUCAAUUUUUAAAGUCAUGGCACAGAUUGAAAAACAAAAGAGAUUUGAACAGUAUACUACCUUUAAGAGCUGCUAUCCUGAAAAGAUAACUGGCCUCUGUUUCUUAAAUUCUUCUGAGAAAUAAAGAACAAUAGUUACAGCAUAAUGCAUUUGUUUACCUCUAUCAUGGUUUCUUUUUAAUUGUUCCUCUUGUUUCUGUUUUAUUUUUAAAAGGACAUACUUAUAUAAAGAUGGCAUAUUUUAUUAUGACAUUUCCUAAUAAAAUAGUCUGAUUUAAAAAAUGUAUUUUUGAAGAUGUUUACAUUGAUGAUUAGUAAUAUUAUGGCAUGAAUUUUCAGGCAAUCAGAUAAAAUAUAUUUUGGGAAAUUACCUGAACAAAUAAAAAGGUUUUUGAUACAAUUUCAGUUAAUUGUACCACAUACUAAGAGUGAAGAGCUGUGUGGAAUUUUGGAAAGGAUCUCAUUUGUACAUGCUUAAAGUGUAAUAUACAACAGAUAGAUUGUUGUCUAAGUCUGUUCUAAAAAAGUGAAGAUUCAAGUCAGUUAUUCAGUUACUUGAAGCAAAAUGAAAUCUUUUAUUUCAGUGAAAUCACUGCAGUGUCAUGAAAUACUGGACAAUUGUCUUAAAUCUUCACUUGCCUCCCAGGGACAGAUUGAGGCUUUGAGUGUCUUUAUUAGCAUUUCAUUAGUACCUCACAUGCUUUUGAUCUACUUUUGAGAUUGCUUUAGAUUUUAUGUUGAAAUAACAACACAUUUUGCACUGUAGUAAUGCAAGCACUAACUCUUAGAGCAGUUAGUGAAUUGUUAAGAACUGUUUUAAGGACUAUUUGUAGACAUUUUGAAAAGAUUAAGUUUCCUGUGCUUUAGUGCAAUGUGCACUUUUGCUUUACUUCCGUUUCCUGCUUAUUUUUCCGAUGACAAGAAGCAACAGAAACUGAAGCAUCAAAGUUAAGAUUAUAUCCUGUUUGUAGAAUCAGAUUUUAUGUGUAUGUACAAUUAUAGGACUGUAAUCUAAACUGGAAUUUUUAGGCAGUAAGCCACUACAAAGUUUUAGAUAGACAUAAAAAAUAUAAAUAAAAGCUUAAUGUUUGUAAAAAUAUCUUUUGUAGUAUUUCUUUUCCACAUCAAAGAAGUAGUGGUGGCUGCUUAAAAAGUUACAGUGUUUAUUAAGGUUUUUUAAAAUUUAUGUAAAUAUUUGUAAAUUGGCCAGUGCCUGUAAAUUUAAAUAUUAAAAAAAUAUUGAAAACAGUUUUUUAACUUUUUUAAAAGGAUUGCAGACAACUUCUUUUAGACCUACUGUAAUACAGUUUGUACCUCUUAAGUAUUUUUUUUUGCAAGCCAAUUCAGAAGCUAAAACUUGCUUUUCUUUGACAUGUAAAAGGUGCAUAUUUUCAUUUUCUUUAAGUUUAAACUUUUGUAUGACGUCAAAUGGAAUAAAGUUUAUAUAUGGAAAUUGUUUUUCUGUGAACAUCUUUGCUUUUGACAUGAGAUUGGGGCUAUAGUUAGCAUCUAGAGCUGAUCUGAGUUCAAUUGUUGUGCUUGAUUAUUUAGA